ACAUGAUCGACAGGGCUCCCGCACUGAGACUUUUUGGAGAAAAUAUCCCUAGGAACCUUUUGGUCAGUUUGGUUUCUAGAUUUUAUUUUCCAUAUUUAAAAGCAGGUUCCCGUGAAAUGGAGAACAACACGUGAGGUUUUGUUGAUUUGCGGCUCAUGAUUUAGAGAGACUUGUGAAGUUUUUGAGGGGUUUUAUCAUGUCAGGGCCACCAGUGAAGAAGCAGAAGGUGCUGUAUGACGCAGAGGAGGAGGCCAGGUUAGAGAGGGUAGUCUUUGGAGAUGGCCAGGAUGUCAUCGAGAAAUUGCUCGGUGAGGAUGAGAAGGAGUGGGCUUGUGUUGAGGAAAGCGGUGAGUCUGAUGGAGCUGAAGACGCAGAGAAAGAAGAGACGGAUGAGCCACCUGGGGAGGAAUCGAGGAGGUCUGGAGGAGAAUCAGAAUCAUCUGGAGAUGAAUCUGACGGUGAAGUUGAGAAUGGUGAGGGUUCUGGAGCUGAAUCUGUGAAGGACGAGGAGGAAUCUGAGGCUGCAUGGGUUGAUCCUGACGACAAAAGCUACAGAUUGGAAGAUGCGACGAAUCCCAGACUACAUGUAAAGUAUCGCACAGAGACAUAUCUGAAAGAAUAUCUCCAGAAUAAAUUCACAAAACUAGUUGGCACCCCGAAAUGGGCGGAGAUAAAAACUCAGCAGGAAGAGGACUCGGACUCCGACCACGAAAUACUGAAACACAGCAGUCAUUUGGCCCCAGUGAAGACGAAAAAUUUGGCGAAAGGACUGAUUGAGAUCAAAGCCCUGAGGACUAUUAAUAAUGAGACACAGAAUGAGGGCCCCUUAAUCACGAACUUGAGAUUCCAUCCUACGUCGACUGUGGCAUUUGCCACUGGUCUCUCUGGGAUCGUCUCUUUAUUUCAAAUUGAUGGGAAGGAAAACAAGAAGCUGCAGAGUAUUAAGUUCGAUAAAUUCCCUGUGAAUAGCGCCAGGUUUUUGAAGGAUGGUACUGAGAUUAUCUUGGGAUCUCGGUACAGGAACUACUGCCAGAUCUACGAUCUGAUGAGUGGGAAGACGUAUAAGGCACAGUUGCCACAUAAUGUGACGAAUGCAAAGAAUUUUGAAGUUUCACCGGAUGGAAAAAUAAUAGCAAUAGCUGGAAAAAAUGGAGAAAUUCAUCUGCUCAAUGGUCUUACCAAGGAAUUAAUAACAACAAUACAAAUGAACAGAAGAUGUUCAUCGAUGGCCUUCACCCCAGACAGUAAAACCCUUAUAACUCAUGGUGCGAGUGAAGAAAUCUACAUUUGGGACAUGAACACCAGGAGAUGCACUCACCGAGCGGUGGACGACGGUUGUCUGGCCGCAGGUGCACUUGCAGUUUCCCCCAGUGGACAGUUCCUAGCGACUGGCAGUAAACAGGGAGUCGUCAAUGUCUACGACGUGAAGACAGUAAUGGGAAACAGAUUUCCACAACCCUUGAAGAUAGUCCUCAACUUGGUAACUCCCAUAACCUCCCUGAAAUUCAACCCUACGUCUGAAAUCCUGGCUAUGGCAUCGCAGUUCAAGGAGAAUGCCUUCAAGAUGAUGCAUCUGCCUUCGUUAACUAUCUUCUCGAACUUUCCUACCUUUCAGACUGUUAUGCAUAAUCCAAUGGACAUUGACUUCUCGCCUAACAGCGGAUAUCUUGGCAUUUCGAAUAAUAAGAACAAAGCAUACUUGUACAGACUCAAACAUUUUGGAAAUUAUUAAAGUAAAUGAACUAUUUUUAUUCCAAUUUUUAUGGAGAGUUGAUUCAUUACGUUGUAAUAAAUAUUUUUCACUAAUA